AUGCGAAACACGAGCGAGCCCUUCGAGAAUGUCAUUGCGAAAACAAAUCUUGUUCUUCGAGUCACUGACGACUAUAAACUUCAGUCCGUGGCCAAAGGCGAACACCCACGCUUUGGCUUUCUUCAGCCUAAGGAGACUCUUAUCUUCGAUUUCGGUUCGGAAGUGUACGUAUGGAGUGGACGUAGUGCCCGUAAGACAUCGGGCCGCUACGCAGUUGAGUACGCACAACAGCUGAUGACGAAGCGAGUUACAUCGGACUCCUCAUUGUUUGGUGUUGAAAUGAACGAAGGACGAGCGCCAUGGAUACUGUAUUUACGCGUGUUCCAAGGUGUACAGUUUGCAGAAGACCAAGUGAUGACGCGAGAGAUGAAGAAUGUUGUCACGGAGAACUUAGAGUUUUGGCAGUUGAUCGGCGAAGAAUUAGUGCUAGUUGAACGAACCAAUAUAUUUAUUAAUAACUGUUGCUAUGUAAUACGCUGGCAGUAUCGGAUUCAAACCUCAGGUAGAGCUAAAUUGUUUUUUCUCUAA